UUGGUUAGGAAUGUAUCGCAACCAAAAAUUCGGGAAGAUACAAAGGGCGAUGAUGAUGUAUUCCGAUUGUCGCUUACUGAUGGACACACCUCCCUUUCUGCAAUUGUAAUGGAAAAUAUCAAAGGAAUCAACACGGAUACACCUCCAGGAACAAAGUUGUUAAUAACGGGAAGAGUUCCAAUAGAAGGCGGAUUUGCUAUUCUUACUCAUUCCAAUAUAAGUGUUAUUGGAGGACGUGUUGAAAAGUUAGUGGAGAAGUGGACUAUUGAGCGGCGUUCCCUGCUUGAUGGUGAACGGACGAACAGGUCUGAUGGUAAAGCACCAAAAUGGGUAUCAUUUGGCAAGGUACGAGAUGCUUUGCGAGGUUCUGUAUGUCAUGUUGUUUAUAAACUAUUCUGUUCUAGAGAAUAUCGAAAACAACAGAAACUUCAGCAAACAAUUUCAAAGCAAAUGAUGUCAUAA